UCCUUGUUGAUUUAUAUGUCUCCCUCUCUGCCUAAUUACUUAACCAUCAUUGUGGGUUUUCAUUUCUGAGUGUAAUCUGGACUUUGUUUUCUAAGAGAAACUAUCACUGCAUAUUUGGGUACAUUUGUUUUGUUUUUUGUGGAGGAAGCAAUGGAUUGGGAGCUAAAGUCUCUUUUGAAUGAGCUAAAAGAAGGGAGAGAGGUGACUAAUCAGCUCAUGAAGCAUCUCCGUCCGUCGUCGUCUCACCAAACACGCCAAUUCUUACUCGAUAAAAUACUUUGUUCCUACGAGAAAGCUCUUUCGAUUCUGAAUUGGAAUGGUUUCGUCGUUGAAACUAAGCCCUCGGUUACAGCAUUCGAAUCCUCUCCUUCCAUUGACCACAGCAGCGAGGUCUCUGAUAUAAAAGAUGUGUUGAAAAAGAGGAAGACAUCAUCCGGGGGGACCGAGCAAGUUCGGGUUUGCUCCGGCAAGUCAUUAGACAAUCCUCUCGACGAUGGAUAUUGCUGGCGUAAAUAUGGGCAGAAAGCUAUUCUUGGAUCAAAUUUCCCAAGGGGAUAUUAUCGAUGCACUCAUCGUCACUCACAAGGUUGUUUAGCCAUUAAACAAGUUCAAAGAUCAGACAACGACCCUUCGAACUUUGAGGUUAAAUAUAAAGGAAGGCAUACUUGUAACCAAGCCUCUCACUCCGCGGCUACGUUUGUACCUGUGUUGCCGGAGUCCAAAGAGAAAGGGAAUCACUCACGAAAAAGGCCGUACCAGCUCGAAAAGAAACAGGAGCAGGUGCGACAUAUCUUUUCGAGUUUCGAAUCGGGCCUUAAGGUGAAAACAGAGGACUUGGACAAUAGGGAAGACAUUUUCCCUUCGUUUUCAUUCCCUGUCGAAUCGGAACAAGUUAAAAGCUGCUUGUUCGUUGAGGCCCUGAUGGAAAACGACAUCAUGGGGAACCUUUCUCCGGCAUUUGUGUCACCUGCGACAUCCGACUCGAACUAUUUUUCGGUGUCAUCGUGCCACAUGGGAAGCUUUGAAUCUGAUCUUACGGAUAUCAUCUCUGACCCGACUUCGGUUACCAAUUCACCGAUCGGAGACAUUGAUAUCUCAUCACUUGAUAAUUUGGAAUUUGAUCCAAGCUUCCCGUUUGAUAACCCUGAAUUCUUCUCUUAAAUUUCCACCCCAUUAGAGGAGUAAUUUGUAUUCCUCCAUCCGUGUAAACUCUCCUAAAUCUUCAAUUUACAUGUGAUAGGGAUGUUUCGUUGGUAAAUCUGUGAACUAGCCUAACAAAUCAAUAGUUUAUUGAUCCAUCUUUAAAACAGAAGAAUUUCAAUUCA